CUCGUGUUCUGGUCAUGCUGCAUACAGCACUCUUUACGGAGCUCGCCAUUCACUACAGGAACCAAUACACACUCACCGGCGAAGGAGACAAACCAUGGCUGCUACCGGCGCUCCUUCUGAAGGCUCCGAGGCCUCGCGGGACCGACACGGCAUGGUGACGGGCCAGGACGAAUACCCGGCAGAGCUUCGUCUCAAGGACACGCUCCUCAGAGCAGCGCGGGUUGGUCUUGCCCGCCAUACUUCUGGAACGGGCAGCAUCGACAACGACAGUGACAACAACAGAGACAACAAGAAGAACCCCAGCAGUAUCAGCAGUAACGGCAGCAGCAGCAAUAGUGGCCGCGGCAGCAACAGCGGCGGCCGCAGCAACAGCGGCAACAUUAGCAGCGGACGCAAAAACAAGGGGCAUAUGGGGGAUCCCUUCGGUGGCGAAAAUCAGGCUACCGCUCCCCACGCCCAGCAACAGCAGCAGCAGCAGCGGCAGCAGCAGCGGCAGCAGCAGCAGCAGCAGCAGCAGCAGCAGCAGCAGCAGCAGCAGCGUGGGGGUGCGCCGCCGCCGCCACCGCCGCCGCCCGGGGGUGUAGACCGCAACGUCUCUCUGCUGGAUCUGAACGACGACGAGAACAACCUCCGCACGACGUGCGAUGCGUGCACGAUCGGCAAGAUCAAGUGCGACGGCGGGCACCCGUGCAAGCGCUGCCAGCGGCGGGGCUCGGAAUGCGUGUACAGGGAGAAGAAGAGAUGCGGCCCAAAGCGCAGGAAGCUGUCCUCCCGCGACGAUUCCGAUGACGACGGGAGCCACGGGGGAAACUUCGCGGGGCACCUGGGCGAAGGCGGGGGCGGUUUCAGGGUGCUUACCUCCAGGGAGCAGGAGUUUCUCGCCAAGUUUUACAGCAGCGUCAACAAGUUCAUCCCUCUCACAUGCCUCACGGUGAUCCGCGACGCCAUGAACCCUCUGCCGCUGGACGUUGUCCCUGGACUCGCCGCAUCAGAGGCGGAGGAGAACACGUACCACGCCCGCAAGGCUGUCCUGCUGGGCUGCGUGGCGGUCGGGGCGGUGUUCUGUGGCGACCAGGCCUCGGCGGGCGCAUACAUGUCGAGGGCGCAAAUCCACCUGAAGGACUGCUUUGACGCGCUCAUACCCGAGGUGGUGAGCUGCUACCUGGUGAUGGUUGUGUACCACUUGCAUUUCCUGGACCGAUCUAAGGUCUACCGCUACAUCGGCUUCGCGCAGCAGACGUACCGAGAGCUCGCGCAGUCGAAUAAGCUUGGGGUGGGAGAAUACGUGCGAGACAGCCUGCGCGUGCUGAGCACCUUCCUGCAUGUGACGUGCAACAACGAGAUCAGGCCCGAGGAGGUCGAUCUGCGAGCGGAGACCAACCCGGAGCCCGGCGGGGGCAGCCUCUCCCGCAUCAUCGCGCUCUUCUCCCACGUGCUCCUCCAGCUCUACCGGAAGACGGACCGUGUGGAGGCCGCCAGAGCUUCCCCGCAGAAGCCCGUGCCGACCCUGGCGACGCUCGGAGCGAUGGCGAACGAGGCGGAACUCUUGCUGAGCAUGAUGGAGGACCCGGGGUCGUUCGCCGUGAUCGUAAUAAAGACGCUGAAGGGGUACUUCUUGCUCAUGAAGGGAAAGGAGCAGGCGGUGCUGGACGCGGUUGCAAUGCCGGUUGCUAAGGCGCUGGAGGCCGACCCUGCCGUCCUUAACUUCCCUCUCUGCUGGACAAUGUGGGUGCACGCGUGCCAGUGCGUAAGCUCCUUCCUGCGGCGCAAGGGCUGCCACAGCGUCGCCGCGAGCAUGGACGCCAUCAUGCAGCCCCUGCGCCUGACUCUCGCGUACGCGAACGCCUGCUGCGGCGUGGCCCUCAACGUGGUCGGCGUCUACGCCGGCAAGGGGAUAACCGUCACCCCCGUCAACGGCCUCUUCCCGCCGGGCACCGGCCCUGCCCCCGUAGACAUCCCGAUUACCUCUGUCGGCGGCGGCGGCGGCGGUAGCGGCGGGUUCUCGGCUCCUCGGACGUCCGUCUCCUCCGUCCCGGACGAAGGAGAACGCUUGCGGUACCACCGCGACGGCGGCGGCGGCGGCGGCGACGCAGCUGGGCGGCGAACGCCGGCGACGGCGACGGCGCCCGUGUCAGCGGCGGCAGCGGCAGCGGCAGCGGCAGCGGCGGUGGCUGCUUGCGAGGCGGCCGCGCAGCAGCAGUCGCACGCCUCUGCCGCUUCCUGCUCCUCGGCGACGAUGCGCCACUCGGACUUGUACCACCAGCAGCAUCACCAGUGUCAGCACCAGAGGCAACAACAGCAGCACCUUGGUGGUUCGGCCGAGAGCGAAAUGAGCGCGAAGCGUUAUGGCGGGGCGGGGGCGGCGGCAAGAGGAGGAGGGGGGCCCGCCGCUUGGUCAACGAGCGUGGCCAGGCCGAAAAGGGGCGGCGGCGAGCCUGGCGGUGGCAUCGGCGGCGGAGGGAGAACGCCGCAGGGUUUCGCCGCCGGCGAAGGAGUGGCCAGCAACAACGAGGGCGGCGGCGGCGGUGGCGGUGGCGGCAGCAGCAGCAUGCACACAACCUUGUACGACAUACCGUUCCCCGCCACCGCCCCCGCGGAGGCGGCCUCGAUGGCGAGCGUGGCCUCCAUUGGACUCGAGGGCGGCGCCUCCCUGUCUCACCACGCCCUGUCGUUCGACCUAGACGGAGCGGGGCCCGACGGGUUCUUCCACCUCGGCUCCAAGACGGACCUCGCCGUGGCGGCGACGGCGGCGACGGCGGAGCAACAGCCAGGGGAAGGCGGGGGCAAGGACAAGUCGACGGUAUGAGCUUGGGGCCGGGGCUCGCGCUCUUGCAGGGGGGGGAGGGGGGGUUGAUCCACUCUGCCGCGGCGGCAGCGCGAAUGGCGCCGCCUCGUGAGGGGAAGCGUCGUUGAGUGCAUGCGGAGAGAGAUCUGCCCGCACCGGGAAACGAGUGUGAGUGUUGCUGAUGGACAACUCAAACCUCCCACUCUCUCUCUGGGGCGCGGGUGGGAGGAGAGACCCGCGCGCACGCGUCGCGACGCAAGGAGGGCCUGUGGAGUUCAUGCAGGAACUAGCUGCUGCCUCCCCCCCCUCGCCUGUUGCUUGGCAUGUGCUGAUGGAAAUUUUGCUUGUAUAGGGCUUAGUAGUGAAACCUACAUACUGUCUAAUCAAAUAGACCACCCGUCUACCCCACUCACGACUACGGCCUUGCCGAGUAUUGGAGCAGCAUUGCAUCUAGGUGGCCCCCUUGCCCCAACAAGAGCGAGGGCUUCGUAGCGGCACCGCGCACGGACUGGCUGUGGUGGUAUAUGCAGGCUGUCUUUGAUGCCGUGCUGCGGCCUGGCCUGUCUGGCAAAGGGCGAUCGAAGCGAGCAGCGUUGUGUGUGUGCCGUCGUCUGUCAAGCGAUACUAGGUGUUGAAGGUUCGAGGGCGGGGUAUCGCGUGGGUUACAAGGUUACAGGAGGGGUUGACGGGGGCUUUGGCCUUCUAGAUAGUGUUCAACGUUUGUGUUCAACGGUUGUGUGUACGGAGUGAGAAUGCGGCGGUUUGCUCGGUUCGAUGGUCAGCCACGUGGUGCGGCCGUGUUUGUUGCGAAUGGGGAUACAUAGUUUGCUGCUUGGGUGUGUACGUUUUUUUUGUUUUUUUCCUCGUACGAAAGUAGUCUAAUCCAUGCAUGUUAGUUUUGUGGCCCCGCUGAUCCGAGGGACGUGCGGCAAGUUUGCGGUGUAUUGUGUUGUGUCUUGUUGCGUGAAACCAACCGCGCUUUUCUGUCAGAAACAAGUUGUCGUGUCGGGGUACAAGUACUCUUAUCGUGCUACUGCGGUAAGCAGUGUGUGUCGUGCUGUGGCUUUAGAAGUGUGGGAGCUGAUGGUGUUGCGUACGUACGUCAUGAUUGUAGUCGUCCUUAAAGAUUGUAAUUUUCGUUGUUGAAGGUGUUUUUUACUUUGGGUUAUGAUUUGUUCGAGGCAUCAUCCUCCCUUUGCAGUGGCGGCCAUCUCGUUCAGGGAAGGGCCGUCUCUGUGGUACAUGGGAUGUUCCCGGCAUGCUGCAACAGCGGGCGUGGGUGAUGCACGGUUGAGCCUUCGCUCAGCGUGUGCUCUACACUUGAGGGUUACACGGCUUUAGAGCGCAAGAACGGUGUUAUUGGGAGAAGUGACACCGACGUAAGACACAGCGGUACACCCGGCAUUUAACAGCUUGCGCUGGGUUUGCUCGUUAGAGAGGUCGGCGCGGUGUGUAAAUACAUGCGGUGAUUGUAUGGAUAUCGUGAUGUAUCCCGAGCUUAACUGUACGUUAUGUCCUGUGUGGUUUUUGGCUAACAGUAAUGUCUUGACUUGCGCCCAAGUUACCUCAUGUGCACGGGUGUGCCAGCAUUUUGACCGAGCAAGUUAAUCAUC